AUAAUCGCCAUCUAUUGUUGAAAAAAUGCCAGUACGGUACCCUUGCAGUGGUCCGGAUGCGCGCGCGGUCCGGAUAGCUUUUACAGACCACUGAAUUUCCAGUUCAGUGGAAUUCGGUCAUGUUAGACCGUGUUAGACCCCCACGUUCAACCCGCCAGCCGCCCGACCGGCUAUCGCUAGGAGGACAGACGGGGCCAAUGCAAAUCAAAUCCCGUACCGGUUCGUUCAGGAAGCUCGAAGUCAAGUUCGCGUCGAUGUCUGAUACUCUGAUGAUGGUGUGAUGUCUAACGUUAGUCUACUUGCAGAUGUACCUGGCCACCUUCAAGUAGGAUUGACAGCACUGGUAUUAUGAGAUUCCUAUAGACAUGGAAGGCACAGCCUUUGAUGAUGACAGACCAAUCUAUGUGGGUCAAGUUCCACCUGAAUUGGACACUGCUGACCAGCCUUGUACUCCCACAGACGUCCAAGUACCAGUUGAAAACAUUCACGGAUAUCAUGUUGAAGAUGCAAGUGAAACAGGACAAGUUCCGCCUGAAUUCAAUAAUGCUGCCCAGCCCUGUACUCCCACAGACAUCCAAGUACCAGUUGAAAAACCUGAUGGAUAUCAUGUUGAAGAUGCGAUUGAAACAGGACAUGAGAGAGAAGAAGAAAUAUCACUUCCUAUUGCCAAUUUAAUGAGCUGUGAGAAGCAGUCGGAUGACCUAGACUUUGUGGAUGCUCAUCAGAAUAUGGAUAGCUCCAAAGGGUUGGUGAGGGAUGUGAUAGAGAAUGAGCUCUGGGACACUGAAUCAAUAGAUUUUACCUUAGAUUCUAGUUGCGCCUGGGUGGAUGAAUGCAGUGAUGACGAUGAUGACCCAGAGAUUCAUGUUGGACAUGAAUUGAAGAGUGUUGAUUCUUCUCCCAAAAUUGCAGACCCGAAAUCGAAAUGCGAGUUGGCCAUAGACUGUGAAGACAAUUCGUUAGGAGAGUCUGGCAAAGCAGAAUGCAUUCCUGAAAUGACCACAGAUAAGAGAAAUGUGGACAAUGUAUCCUCUUCAGUAGCGAGUGUAACUGAGCAUUUGUCAAGGUAUGAAGCAGUGUUGGGUGAUGAUUUGGAGAGAACUUGUGAUGCUUAUACCAAGACAUCUUGUGAAUUGAGAGAUUUAAAUGUUGAAAACAAUGAAGCUUUCACUAACCUUGAACACCAAAGACUGUCUGAAUCAGAGAUCCCUAUUGAUCGUAAUGUUUCUGAAGAUGGGAAAACAGAGUGCCAAAACAUUGAUGCAUCCGAGGGUGAUGAUUUGGAGAGAACUUGUGAUGCUUAUGCUCAGACAUCUUUUGGAUUGAGAAAUUUAAAUGUUGAAAAGAAUGAAGCUUUCACAAACCUUGAACACCAAAGGCUGUCUGAAUCAGAGAUCCCUAUUGAUCGUAAUGUUUCUGAAGAUGGGAAAACAGAGUGCCAAAACAUUGAUGCAUCCGAGGGUGAUGAUUUGGAGAGAACUUGUGAUGCUUAUGCUCAGACAUCUUUUGGAUUGAGAAAUUUAAAUGUUGAAAAGAAUGAAGCUUUCACAAACCUUGAACACCAAAGGCUGUCUGAAUCAGAGAUCCCUAUUGAUCGUAAUGUUUCUGAAGAUGGGAAAACAGAAUGCCAAAACAUUGAUGCAUCCGAGGGUAAUGUUAAUUCGCUUAAAACCAGAAGAAAAAGAAGGAGGAAAAAGAAUGGAUACAUGUUUAUUCGUAAAUCUACACGUAAGUCUAAAACACCUUCAAAGUCGGUGGUUGCCCGUUGCAAGGAUUCAAAGACAAUGUGUGAAGAUGUAGAAUGGGACAAAGAAGAAAAUUGUUCAUCUACAUCAAAGCAAACUUCACGAGAAAGUAGGACAAGAAUAGAUUGUGAUAGAGAUGAGGGAAGCAUCCAGAAUGAAAUGAAUUACUUUGAAAGUGACGAGAACAACAAGUCACAUGUAGGCAAAGAGGUAGGGAUAGGUCCAGUACAUCGAAAGGAAAGAAGGCCAGCUUUGAUGAGUGAAGGUGGCCACGGUGAAAUCUUGGAUGGAACUGCUAUUCCUGAAAUAGACGAUAAAGAUUAUGAACCAGUUAGUAGUCAAAUAUUUAUUGGUCCUCCCAUAUGUCCUUUGUUAGAUGCUAGAUGCAAGGAAUCUGUUUAUCAGAAUUUGGAAGAUAUUUCAGAAGCAGGGGAAGGAGAUCAGUUGAAUGUUGACAAUACUCUUAGGGAGAGAAUAGACUUGGCAAUCCCUGAACCUAAAGGAGAUCAUGAGUGGGAGAAGUUGACGCCUAAAGAAGAUCAAUUCAAAGAAACCGACAUGAAUGAACCUCGUGUUGAAGCGAACUCUCCUUGUCACGAUGUUCUUAAAACGUCAAAGAGGCAGAGAAGAAGUCCAAGAUCAUCAGAGAAACAGAAUGAAAUAAUACUGGUGAGCAAUGAGCAGGGUGAAAGUGACAAUCUAAGGGAAGAGAAGGCCCUGAUAAGAACACAUAGAGGAAGUAGUAGGGUGUGUAAACGACCCAGAAAGCAGAGGCAGUUUGAGACUGCGAAGGAUGUGAUGGAUAAACUGGACAAACCAUCUGCUAAUGCUUCAGUGGAAACCUCCCCAGAGACAGUCCCUGAGUUGGUGCCUGAAAAGAAAGAAGUGCCUGAAAGUAAUGAAAAUGUAGACGGACCAACACCUCCGGAGAAGAGACCUAUCUACAGAGCUCGGCGGCGUAGAGCCAACAGCAAAAAAUCUGCCAGCGAUAUGAUCAGAGACCUGACUGCCGCUUCUGAAUCUGCUUUGAAAAGAGUCUCCGAGUCCACCUCACCACCAUCUCCCAAGGAGAAUCAAGAAUCCGUCCAGGCUGAUCAGAUGGUUAGUUCUAAGAAGAGGAGGGGCAGGCCACCCAAGGUUAGACCGGCUAGGAAGCGGAAGUUCCAGGAGUGCUCCCCAGAAGGUGAUGAUCCUGUGAAGACAUCAGAUGAACCAAAUCAGAGCAGAGACCCAAACCCAGGGCAGAAUAUAGACAUGAUCAGACCGGAGUAUGCAUCUCAUGAUGAGGACAGUGGAGUUGAUGACGAUGAACUCAUUAAUCCGGUACUUACACCAGACUCCAAAACCAAAGAUCUUCCACCUGCCUUCAGCAUUAGUGAUGUGGUAUGGGCCCAGGAUCCAAAAGACAAGCUAAGGUGGCCUUCAGUUGUAAUUGAAGUAGCUGGAGAGAACGUGUCGAGACGAGUCUACACCGUCUUCAAGACUCACCAAACGAAAGAACAGUACUUUCAAGCGAAAUCUUCCCGAUGCCUGAAGCCUUAUAACUGUAGAGAAAAAGAAGAAUACCUAGAAAGGGGGAAAGGGGUAACUGAUUUCCACACAGCCGUCCAGAUAGCGAAUGACUUUAUCAUGAAAAUAGGUCUAGGAAAAGUGAAUUCCCAUGAAGACUUCUUCAAGCCUAGUGAAGCGUACCCCGAUUCUCCGCCCCCAUCGCCUUGUGAGUUAUCCCCUUCAUCCCCCCUCCUCAGGGUCGGUCACAACAUCCAAGAAGAUUCCUUAAACUACUCAAGGACCAGCCAUUGUACCGUUGAUGAUAUCGACGAUGACUAUGAUGAGGGGGAUCAGAGCCUGAAAGAUAGAUUGAGCAUUGAUAGGAACAUCUUCCACAGAGACCCCAAAGAAGCGACAAAAUUGAAAAGGAAGUGGCAACGCAAAGAGAAACGUCUUCUAGGACUCAUGAGAAGCCAAGAGGCAAAGGAAUACUUGGUCAGUAUCCAACAUGGAAAAGUGGCAAGUCUGAGACACCAAUGGUUUCUGUCCAAUAAACCCAUUGAUAAAGGAAGACUGCUAAGGGGGUCCUUUGGAGCACUCAUCAGUGAGGAGAAGCGACAUGAAAUUAUGAGGCACUUGAAGGAUGUUCUUACCAUUGAGGAAUCUCUAAAGUCUAGUCCUCAGUACAUCAUGGAUGUUGCUCUUCCUGAGGCUCUUAAUUUUGCAUACCAGAAGGCUAAUAAGGUUGGAGAAGAAGAAGCCGAAGAACUCGUUCAUACGGAUGGUCUACAGGUUGCAAGAGAUCUGGACAUUGGGUGAUCAUAACAUGUAUUGGUUUGUACUUAAUUGAGGACAUUCGCUCACCAUAGCAGUACCGAUUGGUCAAGGUAUGGUCUCAGCAAUUGCUGACCGCUGAAAUAAAUAAGAGGAGAAUCUCACUUGGCAGCUUUGGAAGCUUCAAAAUGAUAUCUGUUUGUAAUCUGAUUUUUUGAAAAAUAUUUAAUGGCAUAUGAUGCAAGCAUUACAGCCUACACAUGUAUAAAGUAUUGAAGAUCAAAGUUACCUUUUUGAAUUUUCAUAUUUAAUGCAAAAUAUCAUAUGUUAAAAAAUGAGGUCACAUCAGAUUGCAUAGUGAGCAGCAAGUUUAAGCCUUCUCUCAGUUAAAGCUUUCCCUUACAUUCAUGGAUGGAUGUGUAUCCAGGCCAAAAAAGUAUGAUUAUUAAUUUUCAGGGGCUAAUUUUCACAAACCAUAUGCACAAAUUUGCAACAUUGAAUAAGCUUAACAUUGUAAUAGAUAGGGAUUUUCUGGGGCUUAAAAAAAAAUUCAGUAGCAUGAAUUUGCAAUCAUUGAAUAAGCUUUAACAUUUUAAUAAAUAGGGAUUUUACGGGGCUUUAAAAAGAAUCAGUUGCAUAAAUUUGCAACAUUGAAUAAGCUUUAACAUUGUAAUAAUUAGGGAUUUUCCGGGGCUUUAAAAAAAAAUUCAGUUGCAUAGAUUUGCAACAUUGAGUAAGCUUUAACAUUGUAAUAAAUAGGGAUUUUCCGGGGCUUUAACAAAAACUCAGGGCUCUUUUGUGCAUUUCAGAGACGAGAUCACCCCAAGCCCCUGUAAGAUUUUUUCCCCUGGAUUUAUCUCACUAGAGGUAUAUCCGUAAAGGCUUAACAUAGGUUCUUAAAAAUAGAAAUAAUUAGCUCCUUUACAGAGUCUUACCAUGCAUGUAGCAGUGACUUGUGGUUUUCAGAAUAGCAUAUCAUGACACUGUUGAAGUACAUCUCCGUGAAUAAUUUAUGAAAUAAUAAAAACAUACUUCAGUCAGAUGUAAGAUGUAUAUAUAUUUUUGCUUUCAUGAAUACUACCCCUUAUCACACAUCUGGUGGAUGUUUCAUGUAGCUGUUUGUAAGUUGUGGUUGACUUUACGAGUGACUUGGGAGCUAAAUCAACACCAGAGAAAAUUGUAUGCUUAUCAUUUAACACAAAGAGUCACCAGUCAUUCGUAAACUCAUUUGUAACUUUUGAACGGCUUCACGAAACAGCCCCCUGCAGGCGCGUAGCCAGGGGGGGGGGCGGUGGGGGCGGUCGCCCCCCCCAAAACGUCCCCAAAAAGAAAAAAAAAAGGAAAAAAGAGAGGAGAAAAUGAAAAGGAGGAAAGGGAAGAAAGUUAGCUAUGUGUUUUUUUUCUCAAAAGAGAAACUCCUUCAUUCUUGCUCUAGAUUUAUAUAUGAAUUUUGCUUCCGCGCUGUGCGCGGUUAAAUGACAAUAUUGAAGACCUCCAUUUUUCCCCCCACCCUUUCUCUAACCUUGUUUUUCCACCUCAGCUAUAUGUGUUUCUUGCCAGUUAAAGUUCAAAUGUAUACAUAAGGGCAUGGAAUUAGAGUAAGGUUAGGCCGAAGUAUAUGAAGUUAUCUUUUUUUUUAAAUUGAUCGCGCAACUUCUGGUCGGGUUGGCUCCGGGCGGGUGAAAUCUUUAUAUCAAUUUCUGCCGUCACCUCCAUAAAGUCAACUUCUCCCGCUUUUCAGCUCAUUACUAAACAACCAUAAUUUUGGGGGCAAACAGGUUCCUAAUUUAAAAAGAGGAAGGUAUAAAAUUCGUAUAAAAUUUCCUCCAUUGUAUUCCUUUUUUGUGCGUUCACAAUCUUUUUUUAAAACAAGGUUCAAAAUCACAAUAUAGUCAACUGAAUUGGAGCUGAUAUAUAGGUACUAGAGACGGGAGAGACGGCUCCUUUUCAUUUUAAUUUAUGAAACACCAAAAGAUUCGCGCUUCGCCCCCUAGCACCCACCCCCUAGGGAGCGCGCUUCGCGCGCUCUGUAAGUGUUGGCACGCUUCGCGUGCAUUUACCGCCCCCUCCAAAAUGAAAUCCUGGCUACGCGGUUGGCCCCCUGGAUACUCAGACUGAAAUUUCUGAAACUCAAUCACACAUUAUUAAUUAUUUGUUAUAAUCUGAAAUAUUAUUCUUUCAUGCUUAUGGACACACUCUUCCCAUCCCUUUACAGUGUAGUUCUAGCAUGCUGAACUUA